GACAGAACACAAUUGUCAACUGUAGGACUCACCAGCCACUUGCAUGUACUUAAAAAUGGCUCAAUAUCCUGUUGUCUGUUUUCCUAUAAGAGCUCCAAACUGGAGAUGACUGUCCAUUAGCAGUACUUCAUUGCCUCUUCCCAGAAAGCAGAUGGACAUUCCUUUUAUGAUUACCAUGGCUACAAGUUGUGGUUCUCUCACUAGACGCCGGAGGUAGAAAGCCAAUGGCGACUGUGAAAUAUCAAGAUUCUGGCAUAUGAGUUCCACAUCCAGGGGAUCUUCAGCAGUAACUUUCCCAAGGGAACUCAAAUGUUGAAUUGCAUCUCCUACAGAAAAGCACCCCAAUAAAUCACCUAGGCCAUCGCCGUCAGUAUGUGAGUUAUUACCCGGCCGGUUGUGAUGGUUAUCACAUUCCUUGUUACCCACGACCGGAAUCUGAUUGUGAAAUGCGGCGCAGGAUAAACCAGCCUGACUGGACUAAACCGGUUUGUAACCUGGACGGUAGUUACAGGGAGUAUCAAUGUGAGGCUUAUUCUCGCUCUAAGUGUUGGUGUGUCUAUGACAAUGGAAUGAUGAUACCAGGAACUGAGAAAGAUCUUCACGACGCCAAUGUGGAAUACCACAAUCUGAACUGCGCAGAAGCUAAGAGUAACGCACCACCUGCUCCUCACCCUCCCCCUGUCAGUUCACCAUUCACAGACACAAGAAUUGGUUGGCAUCUCGCUUACAGAGAUGCUUAUUUUAGGUGCCCAAGCCCCUGUUAUUCUCCCUGUCCGUGUCAGCCUGGGCAACAAUACUACAAUCCCUAUUAUCCAGCCCAUGUAGUUAAUUCUGCGCCAGUCCGCGCGCCGGUUCCUGCUCCAGCUCCAUUACCAGCCCCUGCACGUGCGCCCAUCUAUUAUCCAUACGAUCCCUACGCAGCCACAUAUACGGCUCCUUAUCAAGGCAGCUGUCCGGAUCCCUGUCCCGAACCAUGCCCGUGUCAAAGAAGUGGGAAAACCCCGCCAUCUGAGGAAGAGAACACGAGCAGUGCCACGGGGUCUGGAGAUGAGAAAGACGUGACGUCAGAGGGGAACGAGGAUGUUCAAGAUUAA